CUUUGCAUCACCUCUAACAAUGCUCAUUGGUGCACGUCAAUUAAUACGAGCGACUUACCAAUCAGCUGGAAAAAGUCCGUUAUGACUCGAAUGAGUAGAAUAAGUGAUGCUAAGCAAAUCCCGGUGUAAUUAUCGGGCUAUGGCUUGUGUCUCACGUCUCAAUCCCUUUAGUAAGAUCUCAUGCUUUUUCCUCGUAGAAUCCCUCGUCCUCUUCGUCUUUUGUUCCAUCUUCUUGUGGGGGGUAAGUUUCGAUGUCUUCAUGGUCGUGUUACUUCCAUGGGGUUUCUUCGAGGACUUCCAUUAGAACUUGGGUGCCGUGGGAUAGGUCGCUGAUUGAACUGGUUGUGCGGAUAUCCCGGCUGUGGAGUUUUUUGACGACA